UCAAAAAGUUUUUGCGACCAAAACAAGCGAAAAUGCGAUGCGUCCACGAUUGUUUGGCAAAAACUGCCUCUAAAUUGACAACUUCUGCAAUUUUCCAUUGUUUUGCACAAAUAGUUUUCAUUUGAUUUGCUGAACAGACAUUGAUAGAGGUUAUACGAUAUCGAGGACACUCGCGGGACGCUGUUGGGUUCAUCAUUCUGUGACCUAGUUUCUCUCUCCACGUUAUAGCUAAAUAUUGCAGGACAUAAAUGUAUUAAAACUUCGUAAAGAUAUGUCGGGCAUAUAUCUGCAAUCGACGGAAGGUGGGGAAGUAAUUGAAGUACCUUUGGCAAAAACUGUCAUCGGUAGAGGCCCAUUUCUUCAGAUUACUGACAAGAGGGUUUCCCGGAGCCAUGCUGAACUGCAAGUUACUGACAAGAGUUUAUACAUAACUCCAACUCAUACUAACCCAUGUUUCCUGCGACGGGGAGGGGGAGAUACCCAAGUAGCGUUGUCUAAGGACGAGAAGUGUAAGCUGGCUAUUGGCGAUGUCUUUGGACUGCUUCCUGAACAACUGUUUUUCACUGUGUGUGGAAAACAGGGGGCUAUUAAUGGUACAAGUAUCAAAGAAGAAUCACUGAGUCAAUCAGAUUCCAAAGUCAAAUCUGAACCAAAGUCAUUGGACAGAACAGUGAAAGAUGAAGACCCUGAUGACUUCCUGGAUGAUGUUGGCAGAGAUUUGGAGGACUCACCAACACCAAGGAAAAAAACUAAGAACAAGGACAGUGGCCCUGCGGUUGUGAAGGUUCGGGGCAAGCUGAAGAUGGCGUUGCCUCUAGACAAGCAGCGUACACUGCCAGACUGGAUGAUCAAGAUGGCUGCCGUAGGUCCAGUGCCAGAGAAGAAGAAGAAGAAGCCUACUGCUAAGAUACCAGCUGUAGCCAAGAGGGGAGCUGAGAGUUCCACUCCAGCCUCUCCACGUAAGCGAGCUGCCCCAAGGCGAACGUAUGUUGAUGACUAUGAUGACGAGGAGGAAGAGGAACCCCAGCCUGUACAGAGGAACCAGAAGAGAAAGAGGAAAACAUUGUCUGAGGAGGAAGAGGAGGAGGAAGAAAGAAAACCACGGCGACGUGCACGACCAUCACGUAGGGCAGCUGCGUAUGAUGAUGACGAUGAUGAUGACUUUUCACCACGAAAACGACCCCAGCGGGCAGCACGAGAGUCAAGAGGCAGCUAUGUUGACGACUUUAUCCCCGAUGAUGACAGUGAUGCUUCGUUACCAGACCAUCUAAAGCGGGUGAAGGAUGACGACAGUGACUUUGAGAUUGACGACGGUGGAGGCGGAGAUUCCGGCAGUGACUGGGAGAGUAAGGGCAAGGGAAAGAGAGGAAAGUCAAAAGGCAAAGCUCUUGCCACGCCAAGAAGGGCGUCAGGCAGACGUGGUCGACCUCGCAAGGUCAGGGAUGAUGACGAGGAAGAUGAUGACGAGGAAGAUGAUGACGAGGCGUAUGUUCCCCGGCCAUCCAAACGGAGAGGCACUGCACCCAAGAGGAAGAAGAUGGAAAGUGAGGAGGAGGAAGAGGAGGAAGAAAAAACUCCUUCUAAGAAGAGGGGAGUGGUCACAAAGAAGAGGCUCAGAUGUCCGUAUGGGAAGAAGUGUUACAGAAAAAAUCCUGCCCACUUCAAAGAUGUUUGUCAUCCUGGUGACACCUCAUAUGACGAAGCAUCUGAGGAAGAGGGUGAUGAUGAUGAAAACGUUGAUAAUGACGAUGAUAAACCAGAAUGUGAAUUUGGAACUGAUUGCUACAGGAAAAAUGCCGACCAUUUAAAGAAAUAUUCUCAUAAAAAGAAACCAGAUGAUCAGCCCAAGAGAAAACCAGCAAAAAAGGAUGGUAAAACAAGCGUGCUUGCUAAAGAUGACGACGACAACGGAGAACCGAACACAUAUGACUACAAUGACAGUUUUAUCGAUGACAUUGGGCAGUCUUAUGCGAGCGAAUCUUCAUGCGGAGAUCCAGAGGAGGAAGACUCGGACUAUGACCCAGAGGAAGAGGAUGUGAGAUCUUUGAUGAAGGAAGCCAAAGGAUUUGUUAAGAAGAAGAAAAUGCGGCAACCCGUUGGAAAGAAAAUAGAAAUAAAGGCUGAGUGAAUGUCAUUCAUGACUGUAUACAAUGUUGUGUAACUUGGCAUUCUUUCUUAGGCCGUUAAGUCUUCGUUUUACUAGUGAAAUCUCUGCUACAACAGGGUUUGCAUGUCUACAUGCAUAAAGUAGUCCAGAACGCGACAAAACAUACUUCUGAAUAUAUUUCUAAUUUAUCACAUCAUUUUCGUUGGCCAUGUUCUUUUAUUGAUAGUAAAUGUGUGUAAUUAACAAAACUCAUCACGGAUGAUCAUUGAAAAUAAAUGUAUUUUAAAUACUGAUACUUUUUUAAGAUUCUUAGUUUUAUUCUGAAGCAAACCGAUUUGGGCAAAGAAACAGUGUGAUUCCUUGUAACAUAUUCUAAAAUGUAAGGACUAAAGCUUUCAACAUUAUGCCAAGCUUAUUUCAGUUUCUGACAACAUUGUAUAUUUCAUGUCAUGUUUGUAAAUUUCAAGUAUUCAGCGAUGUAUAUUAUAUGUGUGUACAGUUACCAUGGUUACCAUGUUAAUCAUUCUCUGAUGUGUCACGUACAUUUCAAUCACUACAUCUAGGAGCAUCCCUUGUGCUAGCCCCCCUGCCAUUUGUUCCCUGGAUCAGCCUUCAAGUACUUGACUCAGAUUAAGGUCGUAAUAAAUAAAUUGUCAGAUUUUCAUCUGUCAACAUCCUUGGACGUAUUACCUUGCUUCAUCUAAUCAUGGCCGCAGUUGCCACCUUCUACUGUCUGUAGCUGCAACAUUGCUGGAAUCAAUUUGGAUUUUAAUUCAUAGAAUUAUACAGCUUUUAUUACUUUAAAAGAUAUUUAGAUGAAAGUCUAGUGUUUGUAAUACAUUUAUCAUGGCUAAAUGCUUGUAUUGUUCUACAUUGCCAGCAGUGUUUGUUUGCUUUCUACAGCAUUGCUUGUUUCAUUGACUCCCUGGUAGCUGUUUGUCACUAUUAAUCAAAAGAAUGUUAUUUUUUCUUUUCAAAUUGUGUCUUGACAUGUGGGCCUGGGCCUGUGUUGGUUGUAUGUCAUUUAGGACUGGUAGACACAGAUGUGUUAAAGAUGUGCAGUGGCAUUGGUGAAAAGAAGGUGUGGGCCACGUAUUUUAGGGAGGAUCCAGAUAUUUGGUUAGUUUGCUUUUGCAGCAGGGCACAUACCGUUACUGGUAACAGCACCAUGAACACAUCUGCCUUUUGCAGCAGGGCACAUACCGUUACUGGUGACAGCACCACGAACACAUCUGCCUUUUGCAGCAGGGCACAUACCGUUACUGGUGACAGCACCACGAACACAUCUGCCUUUUGCAGCAGGGCACAUACCGUUACUGGUGACAGCACCACGAACACAUCUGCCUUUUGCAGCAGGGCACAUACCGUUACUGGUGACAGCACCACAAACACAUCUGCCUUUUGCAGCAGGGCACAUACCGUUACUGGUGACAGCACCACAAACACAUCUGCCUUUUGCAGCAGGGUACAUACCGUUACUGGUGACAGCACCACAAACACAUCUGCCUUUUGCAGCAGGGCACAUACCGUUACUGGUAACAGCGCCAUGAACACAUCUGCCUUUUGCAGCAGGGCACAUACCGUUACUGGUGACAGCACCACAAACACAUCUGCCUUUUGCAGCAGGGCACAUACCGUUACUGGUAACAGCGCCAUGAACACAUCUG